AUGUGCGGUAUUUUGUGUGAAAUCUUAUUUCAUCCCAGUAGCAGUAUUACCAAAGAUGAAGAAUUAAUAAAACGUCUUAAAAACAGAGGUCCUAAUUGUGUCCAAUUGUGUUCUACUCAAGUCAGCGAAGAUAUAACACUGUUUUUCUGUGGUGCUGUUUUAUGGACUCAAGGACCUAACCUCACCAAACAACCUUUGCAAGAUGAUAAAGGUGUCCUUCUUUUUAAUGGCGAUAUAUUUGACCUCGGGUGGAAUAAAAAUUAUAGUGAUACGCAGAUAAUAAUACAAAAGUUUACAGAAUGUUUAUCAGACAAUGACAUCAUAAAUGUGAUAAAGUUACUAAAAGGUCCUUUUUGUAUUGUAUAUUAUGAUAAAUUACUAAAAACUAUAUAUUUCUCGAGGGACAGGAUUGGUCGAGGAAGCUUAUUGUUGCAUAAAUCGGAACAAUCCAUAACUAUAAGUAGUGUAUUAGGUAGAAAGUACCCAUGUGUAGAAAUACCAUCACUAAAUAUUCAUAAAUUAAAUAUAGAAUCCCAAGAAAUAUCAACAUUCAAUUGGCAUAAUGAAGAUUCCAGAACCUUCUCCGUUGAUAACUGGUAUAGCACAAUUCAAAUACACCAAACUUUACCUGAUGAACAGUUUAGAUUUGAAGAUGACAUCUUAGAAGAUCUUAAUGAUGAGGAUGGAGUAAUUGAUUAUAUCAAUCAAAUCUCUAAAAACUACACAUGUAAGCAAACAAUUUUGAAGGAAAUUUUGAAACAAGAAAUUAUUUUAAAGAUGGUGCAAUCAAUAUUGCUUUUAUUAGAGCAAAGUGUAAAAAUUAGAUUAGAAACACACCCAAAUAAAUGUAAACAGUGCCUGAAUACUGUUAAUGAGUGCUGCCAUAGCACGGUUGGUAUUUUGUUUUCUGGGGGAUUGGAUUGUACUAUUUUAGCAUACUUAGCAGAUAAAUAUGUACCAGUAAACCAACCUAUUGACCUGAUUAAUGUUGCCUUUAAAACUGAAAAUGGUACUUAUGAUGUUCCCGAUAGAGUUACUGGCAGACAAUCAUAUAAUGAACUUAAACAAAAAUGUUGCUCUAGAAGAUGGGUAUUCCAUGAAGUUAAUGUUGAAAAGAAAGACUUAGAAAUAUCCCAAUCUCAUAUAAUAGCUGACCUUGUGUAUCCCAGAAGAACUAUACUAGAUGAAAGUUUAGGGACAGCACUGUGGUACGCAGCAUGGGGUAUGGGCCACACUGUGUCUCCAUGUAGAGUUCUUUUACUUGGAUCAGGAGCAGAUGAGUUAUUUGGAGGAUAUACUAGACAUCGUAAUGCAUAUAAGCGCCAAGGGUGGUCUGGCUUAAGAAAAGAAAUGAUGCUUGAUUGGAGCAGAAUAUCUUACAGGAACCUUGCGAGGGACAAUAGAGUUAUAUGUGACCAUGGUAGAAUACCAAGAUUGCCAUAUUUAGAUGAGGAAUUCUCUUCUUUUAUUUUAAAAUUGAAACCUUGGUUUAAGUGUUUUCCUAGUGACCAAUUAGGAAUGGGUGUAGGAGAUAAAUUAAUGCUGAGAUUACUAGCAAUGCACCUCGGAUUAAUAGAUGUCGCUAUAUUACCAAAACGGGCUCUUCAAUUUGGAACAAGGAUUGCAAAUAAGAAACAAAAGGGAAAUGAUAUUUCAAAACAUUUACAAUAA